AUGUAUCGUCAACUACAUCCGCGUCGUGGCACUCUCUUUCAUAACAUACACACUAUAACAAACACAAACACGCUCACACACACAGUCUCUCUCUAUGUAUUUCCUUAUCUAUCUAUCUAUCUAUCUAUCUAUCUAUCUAUCUAUCUAUCUAUCUAUCUAUCUAUCUAUUUCCUUAUCUGUCUAUCUAGCUACCUCACAUAUUCUAUCUAUCUAUCUAUCUAUCUAUCUAUCUAUCUAUCUAUCUAUCUAUCUAUCUAUCUAUCUAUUUCCUUAUCUGUCUAUCUAGCUAUUUCACAUAUUCUAUCUAUCUAUCUAUCUAUCUAUCUAUCUAUCUAUCUAGCUAUCUCACAUAUUCUAUCUAUCUAUCUAUCUAUCUAUCUAUCUAUCUAUCUAUCUAUCUAUCUAUCUAUCUAUCUAUGUUCCCCGCCUAUUCCUCUAUCGUCCCAUUCUUUCUCAUCAGUGUUCGUCGCCAUACCCGUCUUCGAAACCAAACUUACAAGACGGCCUGAUUGUCAAAUGAUUGUGAAUUAUGUUCGAAAUGCAAGAGACAUCCAUUCAUUUAACUACUUAAUGUCUACCAUAUUCUUUUUUCGUAGUGCAUUUUUUCUUGAUGAUUUGCCGACUAAUGUCGGCCAAAUAUCGGUGCAGUUACCCAGUCUGUUCAUAUCUAUCUAUCUAUCUAUCUAUCUAUCUAUCUAUCUAUCUUAG